AUGGCCAGAUUCAACUACGGCCCAUCGAAGGCUGUUGACACAUCCAUUGCGACAUGGUUCUGCUCAAAUUUUGAUGUUGGUCAUUCUUGGUGGAGGUUGGACCUUGGGGAUGGCCGUUAUAUUCAUAAGAUUGAUAUAUUGCCUCGCAGUCAUCCAACUGAUGCAUUUGCCUUCAGGGAUGUCGAAAUUCGAGUAGGCACGACAGACUUAUCCAGCGGCGACUUCACUUCAUGGACACUAUAUGCUCAUUACAUGGGCCCAUAUACGGUACAAGGGGGACGGCUGUUGUUUACUUCAUAUGAGGGAAUUCCCGGUCGGUAUAUAAGCGUCCAAAGAGGAAUGAACGUCACAGAAGCAGCUCUAAAGAUCCUUGACUUCAAAGUUUAUGUCAGGAUUCAUUAA